AUGGGAGGCCUUUCGCCCUACGAUAUCGACUUCGUCGUUCUUUCGCAUGUUCAUUGGGAUCACGUGGGCAUGCCAUCCGACUUUCCACAGUCCGAAUUUGUCGUUGGCAAUGGCUCACAGGAUCUUCUAAGUGGGAAGCGAUCCAUGUCUAAUGGGGGGCACAGUCAUUUCGAGCCCGAUUUGCUUCCAAAGGACCGAACCCUUGAGCUACCACCAACUGGGCCACCUGGUUCCCAUGUAACAAAAUGGAAUUUUCCCUCGACACUGUUGCAUCAACUACCUCCCUUUGGCGAUCUUGCCUGGAGGCCCUACAGCCGGCUGCCACAUACCAUUGACGUCUUCUCCGAUGGAAGUGUGUUGAUUGUCGAUGCACCCGGUCACCUCCCGGGGCAUAUCAAUCUACUUUGUCGCGUCAGUGUUGACCCGAGGCGAUACGUUUACCUCGCCGGGGAUGCCUGUCAUGAUCGGCGCAUCUUAACUGGAGAAAAGAACAUCGCGGAGUGGUCAAGCCCACACUUCCCUCAUCAAAUAUGUUGUAUCCAUGCUGAUCGUGACCGGGCUUUAAAAACAAUACGAAUGAUCAGAGAGCUCGAGGAAGGCAAAACCCCGCUAGGGGAAGUGGAAGUUGUUCUGGCCCACGACUCACAAUGGGCGAUUGCUGCGAAUGAACAACGCCGAUACUUCCCAGGUGCCCUCUAG